AUGGGCGAGAACACCGUGGAUCCCGUGUACGCCGAUGCUGAAAGAAGAUUCAAGGAGAUUGAAGAACAGACAAAGAGACUGAGUGAUGAAUCCAAAAGAUACCAUAAAGCAGUAAAUGGGAUGUUGGAGCAUCAGAUUGGAUUCUCCAAGGCCAUUGAGGAAAUCUACAAACCAAUUUCCGGCAGACUGUCGGAUCCUAAUUCGACGAUCCCCGAAGGAAACCCCGAGGGAAUUGAGGCUUGUGAGCAAUACAGAGCUGUUGUUUUGGAAUUGCAGAACACUUUGAAGCCAGACUUGGAGCUGAUCGAGUCCAAGAUUGUCGAGCCAUCCCAGGAGCUGUUGAAGGUUAUCCAGGCUAUCAGGAAGAUGGCAACCAAAAGAAACCACAAGCAGUUGGAUUAUGACAGACGACUUAACAGUGUGAAGAAGAUUAAGGAUAAGAAGGAGAUCACCCCCAAAGAUGAAGAGAGACUGUACAAAGCUGAAGCUGAACUGGAGGUCGCUCAGCAGGAGUAUGAUUACUACAACGACAUGUUGAAGAACGAAUUGCCAAUUCUCUUCCAGAUGCAAGCUGAUUUCAUCAAGCCCAUGUUCAUAAGUUUCUAUUACAUGCAGCUCAACAUCUUUUACACUUUGUCGAGCAGAAUGGAGGAGAUGAAGAUUCCUUACUUUGAUCUUUCAACUGACAUUGUGGAAGCUUACGCAUACAAGAAGGGUGACGCUGAGGAGAGAGCCGAGGCUAUUGGUUUGACUCACUUCAAGACCGGAUAUGCGAGAUCAAAGCUCGAAGCUACUAGAAGACGUCAUGAAGCGGCUGUUGGUGGAGGAGCUCCUGGUGCACCAGGUGCUUAUGGUGCCUACGGCACUGCUCCUUCUACUUAUGGUGCUGCUCCUGCCGCAUAUGGCGCAGGUACCGCUGCUCCUGCCUACACACCUCCAGCCACAGGAUAUGGAACUUAUGACCAAAAAACACCUGCUUAUGGUCAGCAACCUGCUUAUGGCCAGCAGCCUGCUUACGGUCAGACUGCUUCUCCAACCAGUUACGGUUCAACGCCUGCAAGUAUACCAUCACCAGUAACAGCUGGUGCGGAAACAUGUACUGCACUUUACGACUAUACGGCGCAAACGGCAGGUGAUUUGUCGUUCGCUGCUGGCACCGUUAUUGAGAUUGUUCAAAGAUCAGCAGACGCUAAUGGCUGGUGGACUGGAAAGAUUAAUGGAGUCCAGGGUGUUUUUCCAGGUAAUUAUGUGCAAUUGAACUGA